GGAGGAAAGGAGGUGACUGUCCAUCUUUCUCUCUCUUCUGUCCCUGUUUUCGGGUGGGAGCGCGUGAUUUUUCCACCAGUCGGGGACAGUUUGGAGGGAACUCUAGGGACCAGGGAAACGAGGAGAAGCUGAGAGCCACGAUGCUCAACAACCUCACCGAGUGUGAGGAGGGAGAGGGGGGAGCAAACAGCCAGGGAGAUGGGAAUCCCAAGGAGAGCAGUCCUUUCAUCAACAGCAGUGAUCCAGAGAAGGGCCAGCAGUAUGAUGGCAAAAACAUGGCGCUGUUUGAGGAGGAGAUGGACACUAGUCCCAUGGUAUCGUCUCUGCUCAGUAGCCUUGCCAACUAUUCCAACCUGCCUCAGGGCAGCAAGGAACACGAGGAAGCUGAGAACAAUGAAGGUUCGCGCAAGAAGCCUGUACAGGCUCCACGGAUGGGCACGCUGAUGGGAGUAUAUUUCCCCUGUCUGCAGAAUAUUCUAGGUGUGAUCCUGUUUUUGAGGAUGACCUGGAUGGUGGGAAUUGGAGGCGUCAUUGAGGCCUUCAUCAUCGUCCUUAUGUGCUGUUCCACGACCAUGUUAACUGCAAUUUCAAUGAGUGCCAUUGCCACCAAUGGAGUAGUACCAGCUGGAGGCUCCUACUACAUGAUCUCUCGUUCCCUUGGCCCUGAGUUUGGUGGCGCUGUGGGGAUCUGUUUCUACUUGGGGACCACAUAUGCAGGAGCCAUGUACAUUCUGGGGUGUAUUGAGAUCUUACUGAUCUACAUUGUGCCGCAGGCAGCCAUCUUUAAGAUGGAGGAUUUGGAGGGGCCAGAAGCAGAGGCGGCCAUGUUGAAUAACAUGCGAGUGUAUGGCACCUUGGUGCUGACCUUUAUGGCCGUGGUGGUGUUUGUGGGUGUGAAGUAUGUCAAUAAACUGGCGCUGGUUUUCCUGGCCUGCGUUAUUUGCUCCAUCCUGGCAGUGUAUGCCGGAGUCAUCAAGACUGCCUUUGAACCACCUGUGCUCCCGGUGUGCAUUCUAGGGAACCGGACUCUUGUGUGGAAAGGCUUUGAUGUGUGUGCUAAAGUGAUUGAGAAAGACAAUAUUACAGUCACUACCAAACUCUGGAGUCUUUUCUGUGACUCAGAGUUCCUUAAUGCCACCUGUGACAGCUACUUCGCCAACAACAAUGUGACAGAGAUACAGGGCAUUCCCGGCAUCACUAGUGGUACUCUGAGAGAGAACUUGUUUGGGAAUUACAUGGAAAAGGGUGUUUUUCUGGAAAAGACCCUUCCUUCUGUGGAGGAGCCAGACGCUCUGCCCACCAACACUAAAGCCUAUGUGCUAUCUGACAUCACCACUUUUUUCACACUCUUGGUUGGGAUCUACUUCCCUUCAGUUACUGGCAUCAUGGCUGGUUCGAACCGCUCCGGUGAUCUGCGGGAUGCUCAGAAGUCCAUACCCAUUGGCACAAUUCUGGCCAUCAGCACCACGUCCUUCAUCUACAUGUCCAGUGUAGUGAUGUUCGGUGCCUGCAUCGAGGGAACAGUCCUGAGGGACAAAUUUGGUGAGGCCAUAAGAGGGAAUCUGGUGAUAGGUACAUUGGCGUGGCCGUCUCCCUGGGUCAUCGUCUUUGGUUCUUUCUUCUCCACUUGUGGGGCGGGGCUUCAGAGUUUGACCGGUGCUCCACGUCUUAUGCAGGCCAUAGCCAGGGAUGGGAUAGUGCCAUUUCUUAGAGUAUUCGGCCAUGGCAAAGCAAACGGGGAACCCACCUGGGCUCUGCUCCUGACUGCCUGCAUCUGUGAGAGCGGAAUCCUUAUUGCUUCUCUGGACUCAGUCGCUCCAAUCCUCUCAAUGUUCUUCUUGAUGUGCUAUAUGUUUGUGAACCUGGCCUGCGCUGUACAGACUCUGUUACGGACCCCCAACUGGAGACCUCGCUUCAAAUACUACCACUGGGCUCUGUCAUUCCUGGGCAUGAGCCUGUGUCUCUCGCUCAUGUUCAUCUGCUCUUGGUACUAUGCCAUCGUUGCCAUGGUAAUCGCCAGCUGUAUCUACAAGUAUAUCGAAUUCCGGGGGGCAGAGAAAGAGUGGGGUGAUGGGAUACGGGGGCUGUCCCUGAGCGCAGCACGCUACGCACUGAUGAGGCUGGAAGAAGGGCCACCACACACCAAGAACUGGAGACCUCAGAUCUUGGUACUGGUCAGUGUGGAUGCAGAACAGAAUGUUGAACAGCCUCGCCUGCUGUCCCUGACCAGUCAGCUGAAAGCAGGGAAAGGACUCACCAUUGUGGGCACUGCACUAACUGGAACCUUCCUGAAUGAUCACCCUCUGGCCCAACAAGCCGAACAGUCCCUGAAGAAGCUAAUGGAAACAGAGAAGGUGAAGGGAUUCUGCCAGGUGGUGGUUUCCUCCAACAUCCGUGAUGCCACCUCACACCUGGUGCAGGUCAGUGGACUCGGAGGCCUCCAGCAUAACACUGUGCUCCUCAGCUGGCCACGCAACUGGAAGCAGGCUGAAGAUCAUCAGCUCUGGAGGAACUUCAUUGAGUUGGUCAGAGAGACCACAGCUGCAAGUAAAGCCCUGCUGGUGGCUAAGAAUAUUGCAGCAUUCCCAUCAAAUGGUGAGCGCUUCACUGAAGGUUACAUCGAUGUGUGGUGGAUUGUUCAUGAUGGCGGCAUGCUCAUGCUAUUGCCCUUCCUCCUGCGCCACCACAAGGUGUGGAGGAAGUGCAAGAUGCGCAUCUUCACUGUGGCCCAGAUGGAUGAUAACUCUAUUCAGAUGAAGAAGGACUUGACCACCUUCCUCUACCACUUGCGUAUAGAUGCCCAGAUGGAAGUAGUGGAGAUGCAUGACAGCGACAUCUCAGCCUACACCUAUGAGAAGACCCUGAUGAUGGAACAGCGCUCUCAGAUCCUCAAGCAGAUCAAUCUCACCAAGACAGAGCGUGAGCGUGAGAUCCAAAGCAUAACUGAUAGUUCCCGUGGUUCGAUUCGACGCAAGAACCCAGCAACAGUCAACACCCAUCUAAGUGUGACUGAGGAAGGAGCAUCCAGCAGCAAGGAGGAUAAACCGGAGGAGGAGGAGCAGCUCAUCCAUGAUAAGAGCACUAACCCGCCAACACCCGCCACCCCACAGUCCCCUGCCACUGAGGUCGUGACUCCCAGCACAGCUGUCCAGAUGACCUGGAGCGAGGCCAAAUGUGAUGGAGAGCAGCCCAAACCGCCAGGAGCCGGCACGCCUGGGGCCAUCAAAGACCUGUUCAGUAUGAAACCAGAGUGGGAGAAUCUAAACCAGUCCAACGUGAGACGCAUGCACACUGCUCUCAGACUCAAUGGUGAAAUCGUGAAGAAAUCUGGGGAGGCUAAGUUGGUCCUGCUCAACAUGCCUGGCCCACCCAAGAAUAGGACUGGAGAUGAGAACUAUAUGGAGUUCCUUGAGGUUCUAACAGAGGGUCUCAACCGGGUCCUCCUCGUGCGUGGGGGAGGUCGUGAGGUCAUCACCAUCUAUUCUUGAAAGAACAGCUCAGCUCGCAUCAGCACAUACCCACCCCCAGCCUCAACCCCUCAACUCCAAAUUUCUCAUUCACAUAGCCAACCCCAAAACAUUCCCUUACCACACCCAAGCAAUAUUCCAGAAUUCCCUUAUCUUAUCUUACCCCCACCCUAAAAUGGAGCCACCACAGAUCCUCUUAUUACCCUCUCUCCUUGUUUAAUGAGCCGUCAGAAAGGCCCCUUUUACUCAUUUUCCAUUGUGUUCUCUUAUUGGCCACUUCAUGUUCUUGGCCUACUCGCAUUUUUUGUUGUUUGUGAUCCGAUGAUCUAUGAUUUGCCUGCCAAGUUCAGUGCCACAUAUGAUACGAGGAAAAACUAUUGAUGUCAGUACAUUUCUGCUGCAUUCCUGAUGUUUUCUCCAACCCUUACUUUUCUCAUCCAAUCAGGAGAUGUUAGAGGGUUGCAGAAAUAGAACGGGCAAGGUGUUAGGAGAUAUCUGCUUCCUGUAAAGCUUUUAUUUGUUUUUCUUUUUUUUAAUGUUAUUAUUUAUUUAUUUAUUUAAAAAAUCAGAACUUGCCAGAAAGACAACAGAAGCCAGACAAGCUGAAGAUCUGUCAGUCGUUACAUCACUGUGAUGAAGCGAUGGAUUUGGUGAUGGACUCGGACCGAGGAGCUGACAAAGAUGGUGGCACGGCACUAUUUCUGCCACAUUGUGGGCUGAUUUCCCAGAAGUCAUCUGUCAUCAGUAAGACUGACAGUCACGGAAAGAGACUCUCAUGCUGUGAUGUUUCAGUUUGAUGUGGCCGCUUUCACCACCCAUGUAGUGUGCUAGGAGAAAUUCAAGGUGGAAACACUUAGAUUCCCCAGACUGCACUGGGAAACAUACAUCUGUGCUCUGUUUUCUUGACACAGUUCUGCCAUUUUAUUUGUGUUUAUUUGCGUGCCUAAUUGUUAUCCUCUGUGUAUGCCCUGACAUUUUCACUUCUCCUGGUUGGAUGUGGAUAGCUAUUCCCUGCCAACCACAAUAUGUGCCAAAAUAAUAGUGGGACGAUCUGUGAUUUGCUGUCUCAAAAUGGCAGAAAAAGAAAAACAAACAGGACUUAUCUGUAUUAUUUGAGUGUUAUAAGUGAGAGGGAAUACGUAACAAACAGAAUGUUGGAGGUGGUGUGGAUAAAAGUCUAAACAGUGUAUAAUCUCUGAGGCAUUGAGAAAUAUUGGUUCUCCGGGAAUCACUGGUCAGGAAGUGACCUUAUGUCACAGGGUUGACUCUAAGAGUCUUCAGGAUGGCUUUAGGCUUCUCACUGUGGCAUUAGGAAGUUUACUGUAUUGUACUGUAGCCCCCUUCACGAGCACUCAACCUGCACUGGCAGCCACUGUGUAACAAGUGAUUUAAUGAGUCUGUGGAUUCAUUAAGUGUGUGUGUGUGUGUGUGCGUGUACACGUGUGUGCAUGUUCGUAUAAUCCAUCUGUGGGAACUCGAAGAUUUUUUCGCUUUUUACAAACAGGAAAACAUAUAUGUUUGUUACAUUUACAGAAAGAUCUAUAUAAAGUAUCUUUACCACUAUUAUAUAUAAUCUGUAUUGGACCACGCCAAAAUAUCUUUGUAAAAAUCAUAGAACUAUAUAUGAUACUAUGAUACAGAUGUUGAUUGUGCCAUAUGACUGACAGUACAUAUCAGUUGAUAUACUAUUAGUUUGAGCUAACUUGAACAUACACAGGAAGAAGUAAAAACCGUCAGUAGACAGAAAGGAAACAUGUCCUUAAGUCCAGAAACUCCACGCAGUGCCAAUCAUAUGCGAAUCGCAUACAAGUUGUGGUCUGGAUGGAAUAGCUGAAGGAGAUCUUUGCAAAAUAUCUUUUACAAUCGAGUAGUUCAAAGUGAAAUGAAUGUUAGAGAUGAGUAAGGUCUGCAAGUGCGUAAAGGACUGGUUGUGCAAUAGCUGAAACUGGGAAAGUCAAAUAAUCAUUGCAUUAUUUAUUUUUGUAUGCAGAUAUUUUAUAUAUGUGGGCUUUAUUUUGUUGCGUUUUAACAUAAAAUCAGUCAGAGUUUAAGUCUAGGUUUCGUUUCUCCUCGGAGAAAAACUGUUAUCGUUGCUUGCACUUCACUAAUAGCAAAUGAAUAUCGAUCGAUCUAUCCAUCAAUUUUCUCUACCGCUUAUCUUAAAUCGGGUCACGGGGAGCCUGGAGCCUUUCCCAGGGGACUUGGGGCACAGGACACCCUGAACGGAGUGCCAACCCAUUGCAGGGAAUAAUCACGCACACACUCACACACUACGUACAAUCAACACGAGUCUUUGGACUGGGGGAGGAAACCGGAGUACCCGGAGGAAACCCCCGAAGUACGGAGAGAACAUACAAGCUCUGUGCAUGCAGGGCAUAGGUGAUAUUUGAGCCCCCAACCCUGGAGGUGCGAGGCAAACGUGCUAACAAUGCUCCCCCUCCUAUAUAUACA